GUCUCUCUCUCUCAUCUUUGCUCUCCUUCCAAGCAACAUCGCCGACUACCUCACUUCUCUUUAUAAAACCAUACCCCAUUUCUCUGACGCUCUCUAUCUCUCCAUCAAAGCCCCGACAACAACCAGAAUAUCAUAUCAUAUGCUUUGCUGAUUUCUUCUCAGCUUCGGAGAAAUCUAUCGAUAUCAGUUUACAGAUUAGUGGGUCGCCGGAGAAAGAUGGGAUCCGAUUCAGAUUCAUGUUCGAAGCCGCCGGUGGUCAUCAGGGAGGUCUGGUCCCACAACCUGGAGUCCGAGUUCGAGCUGAUCCGCGACGUCGUUGACCGCUACCCCUUCAUCUCCAUGGACACGGAGUUCCCCGGCGUCGUCUUCCGACCCCCGCCCGAGGACCGCCACCGCCGGCGCCCGUCCGACCUCUACCGGGUGCUCAAGUGCAACGUUGACGCGCUCAACGUGAUCCAGGUGGGCCUCACGCUGUCGGACUCUGACGGGAACCUGCCCGACCUCGGGACCGGCGGGGAGGGGGCCCGGUUCAUCUGGGAGUUCAACUUUAGGGACUUCGACGUGGCCCGUGACGCGCACGCGCCGGACUCGGUGGAGCUGCUGCGGCGGCAGGGGAUCGACUUCGAGAGGAACCGGGAGGAGGGGGUGGACUCUGCCCGGUUCGCGGAGCUGGUGAUGUCGUCUGGGCUGGUCUGCAACGACUCGGUGAGCUGGGUGACGUUCCACAGCGCGUACGACUUCGGGUACAUGGUGAAGGUGCUGACCCGGCGGGACCUGCCGGAGGGGCUGCCGGAGUUCCUGGGGCUGCUGAGGGUGUUCUUCGGGGACCGAGUGUACGACGUGAAGCACAUGAUCAGGUUCUGCAAGAGCCUGUACGGGGGGCUGGACCGGGUGGCGAGGGCGCUGGAGGUGGACCGGGCGGUGGGGAAGUGCCACCAGGCCGGCUCCGACAGCCUGCUGACGUGGCAGGCCUUCCAGAAGAUGAGGGACUUGUUCUUUGUACAGGACGGGCCGGAGAAGCAUGCCGGCGUGCUGUUCGGUUUAGAAGUGUAUUAAAAAUAUCAAAUUAAAACUUAUUCAUCCAACUAUGUAAAUUAGUUGAAAUUAAUCAAAUUCUUUAAUUGAGGUUAAUCAAUCUGGGGAUGUUCAGUGUGCA